AUGUCAAUUGUACUACAUCGUGGAAGGGCUUUUGAGGAGCUCCCUAGUGUUACGGUCGGCCCCAAAGGGGUUAGUGACAGCCCUCACACAGUCGACGGCACUAUUGGAAUUCGCAACCAAUCCGGAAUGGGAAGAUUCACGUCUGGCUUGAGAACCGGCCCAUCACCUGGCUCCGCGUAUCAAGGCGGCAAUGUCUUCCCCGGAGCGACUCUACCGUUCGGCGCCGUCAAGGUCGGAAUCGACACAACUCGAUGGGAUACAAAUUACCAAGCCAACGCGGGAUACACCCCUGAGGGCAACGUUACAGGCAUCUCCAUGCUGCAUUCUAGAACGGAGCACGACACGGCGACAGUGGGGUAUUACAAGACCAGUCUUCGGAACGGCGUCGUGGCAGAGAUGAGUGCAAGCAUGCAUAGCGGCAUCAUGAAAUACUCGUUCCCAAGCAAUGGUGACCGGCAUAUUGUUGUCGAUCUCAGCCACUACCUACCCACUCGUGGCAAAGAAUCCCAAUGGUACAGCAACGGAAGAAUUGAGCACAGUGACGACGGAAGCUGGUACACCGGUUACGGCGUGUACAGAGAAGGUUGGGCCCUCGGUGGAGACUUCAAAGUCUACUUCUGCGGACAUUUUGAUACAGCCCCCACCAACGCUGUGCUCUUCUCUGGGAUGUACACCGAUCCAUACUGGCCAAAUACGACUGACGUCCAACCUUCAUUUGCCAACGACAGCAACGCCAUAUGGGGCGGGACCGAUGGCUACCAGUAUGCAGACCGGGGCGGCUCCAACUCAGACAACAUUCUCGCUGAUGCGUACGUCAAAAACCUGGACGUCCACCAACUUAUCAACUGGACGGAUGGAUACGCUGCCAUGCGCACCAACGCCGAAUUGCAGCCUUACAACAACUUUGACUUCAACGACCCCACGGGCAGUACAAAAGAAGGACGAGGUGCUCUGGAUGACUGGAAAAAGUAUGGAUAUGUAUCGGUCAACUACGGGAGAAGCGUGAGUAAGACUGUUGAGUACUCGCUCAAUGACUUCGCGGUCUCGCAAGUGGCGCUGGGCGAGGCCCCGGAGGAGGCCACGACAUACUUGAGCCGUUCCGCUGGCUGGCAAAAGAUUUGGAACUCUGAGGCAGAAGCGCAUAAUCAUACUGGCUUUCUCGCACCGCUGCAACCUAACGGUACAAUCCUCGAACCAUAUGAUCCACUAGCAUGCGGCGAAUGUAAUUGGCAAGCAAUUUCUUAUGAAGGUACUCCGUGGGAGUAUAGCUUUGGCGCACCUCACGACAUGACCACCUUGAUCUCCCUCAUGGGUGGUUCCGAAUCAUUCGAAGACCGACUGGAUACAAGUUUCGUUCCCAGCCUCGGAGCACAAGAUCAAGGCAAUAACGGAAUUGGGUCCAUGAUAUACAACCCAGGCAAUGAACCUAGCUUCAUGACACCGUUUCUGUACAACUACAUCCAAGAGAAACAGUGGAAGAGCGUCAUGAGAAGUCGGGCCAUCGUUGAUGAAUUUUACCAUGCUGGAUCGAGCGGAAUUCCUGGCAACGAUGACGCUGGGAGCAUGAGUAGCUGGCUCGUCUGGAACUUGCUCGGACUUUAUCCUGUCGUAACACAACCUGUGUAUUUGAUUCUUGCACCAAGAUUUGCAUCUUACAGCAUGAAGGUUGGCGUAAAUGGAACGCUACGGGUCACGGCCAAGGGUAUUGACGAUGGUCCCUACAUACAAAGCCUCAAAGUGAAUGGCAAAGAAUGGGACAAGAGUUGGGUAAGCCAUGAGGAUCUCCUUGGCGGAGAUCAGAGGGGAGGCUUACUGGAGUUUGUUCUGGGCGAAACGCCUGUCUUGUGGGACUCUGGAAUGGUGCCCCCGAGUCCAGGCACUCUGAGCACAUAA